AUGUGUCGGGACGCGCUGGAAGUUGACUCUACGGCAGCGAGACUGCGAGUGCGGCGUUCGGCGGCCCCGCACGCUUAUAUACUCGCGGUGUGCGAAUGCGCCGCGCUCCAUACAAGGCGACGCGCGGCCCCGCGCCCGCCUUACGCGCUCCCCGCCCGCCCAACAAUAUUUCACGGUCUUAGGCUCUUAAUACUUACUUGUGGCCCUGUG